AUGGCUGUGGUGGGCGCUGCCGGUCUAACGACUGAUGAUCAGACCAACGCGGCAGAGCGCCGUGCCGGAGGGGAGUUUGUCCGUGGAGUUUCAAGCGCCAGGUCAUUCAUCGGAACAGAGGAGUUCCCUGCAGAGUCUGGGCGCUACCACCUGUACAUAGCCUUCAACUGUCCAUGGUGCCAUCGAGUUGCCAUGGCGCGCGCUGUUUUAGGCCUCGAGGAUGCCGUGUCUAUGGAUGUUUGCUUUCCAGGCCGCACAACGAGUUCGGAUGAGCGGGGGGAGAACCUGUGGCGCUUCGCGCCGGAAGGCGUCACGGCUCAAAAUGGUCGUCAUGUCACCUUCCCGGAAUGCACCACAGACACUGUGGGCGGGAAGAAAUACAUCGUCGACAUCUACGCAGAGUCUGGGCUUGAGCAACGAUCGAUCCCGAUCUUGUAUGACAAAGUCGCCAAAAAGGUUGUGAACAACGAAAGUGCAGAGAUCAUGCGCAUGUUCGAGACCGUAAUGUUGCCAUAUGCGAAACGGCCCAUCCAGCUGUACCCAGAAUCAUUGCAAAAGGAAAUCGAGGAUGCAAACACAUGGCUGUACACAGACAUCAACAAUGGUGCCUACAAGGCAGGGUUCUCUUCAAAUCAAGACAUUUACGAGACAGCGUUUGCUGCAUACUUCGCGGCCCUUGACAAACUCAAUUCGUUGGUGGAAACCAAUGACUUCAUUGUUGGCAAUGCGGUCACGGAGUGCGAUCUGCGGGCGUUUACAACGCUUUGGCGCCAUGAUCCCGUUUAUCACAACCGCAUGAAGCUCAAUCAGGCCUUCUUGUUUGAGUAUGCUGGGAUUUGGAAGUGGAUGGGCCGGAUGAUGGCAGUCCCAGGCAUCGAGAGUGUUGUACAUGAGGGCAUCCUCGCCCAUGCAAAGCAAGGAUAUUUCGGGCGGACGGGCAACGGUACCAUACCCGUUGGUCCCAAAGGGUAUCCGCAAUGCUAUGGGGGCCCGCGUCCAUAA